AUGGGUGGUGGCACGUACUCAUCCAAAACGGAUAUGGGCCGCCAUCGCGUGCUGGGUGAGGGCGGCGUCUGGGCUAACGUUGCAGCAGCGAUUGAGCGGCGUGUGCAGUGUCUCGACGGCGGUAAGCAGCACAAAGCGCCGCCCAGUGCACCGGCUCCUGGUCUUGACGCUCUCAUCCGGACGGCCUGGGUGGCCCUGCCGGCCUGGCCAGCCAUCCGUGGUGUGGAUAAGGCCAUGCAGAUCGUGCCAUGCGGCAAACUGCAGAAUCCAGGUUGGCGAUGCGAUGCAGAUGAUAGGGCGACGAGAAAGGCAAUCUUUGGGGGCCGACAGCGGUGCCAAGCUGUCAAGCUGUUUUCAAGUGUAUUGUAG